AUGGCUUCCACAUAUUCCCACAAGACUGCUGUCAAAGAUGGCGAUGGAGCAGCUCUCACUUACGCUCAGCUCAUGCAAAGAGUCAACAUAAUUGGGAGCACUCUGCUACGCCACGGCGUACACCACCAGUCACGUGUUGCGGUAUAUCAAGAGCCAUCAGUCGAUACGCUCAGUUCACUUCUAGCUAUCAUGAAACUGGGAGCUGUAUAUGUACCGUUGGACGUGACAAUGCCUAUUGCUCGACUUGCACUGAUGAUGGACGACUCCCAACCAGUUGCACUUCUCGUCCAUGAUGCUACCGUAAAUCUUUCCAGUGACUUGGGUCUACGUCAGAGCCACAUUUCUGUCAACGUCUCGGAAUUGAAUGCCUCAUCUUCAGGACUAGCGAUUCCAACUUGUGCUGCUGCCAAUCGACCAGCAGUUAUCAUUUACACCAGUGGCUCGACCGGAAAGCCCAAAGGCGUUAUCAUCAAUCAUUCCAGUCUUAGAAAUACUGUCGAGCUUUCCACCCGAUGGUGGGGCCUUAGUUCUGACGAUGUCAUUCUGCAACAGAGUGCUUCAACUUUUGAUCUCUCACUGGGGCAAACUUUCCAGGCCCUUAGUGUUGGAGCAACUUUGUAUAUACCCUCACGGUCCAUGCGACUUGAUGGCCGGGCCAUCGUGGAAUGUAUCAUUCGAGAAUCCGUCUCUCUAACUCUCGCCACACCAACGGAAUAUCGAAUCUGGUUGAGAACAGAAUAUCGCUCACAGCUUGGCCAGUCGUCCUGGAAGACUGCCUUGAUAGCGGGUGAGCCUGUCACAGAGGCGUUACUUGAUCUUUUCCGAGAGGUAGGUAAAUCGAGUUUGGAACUUUUCAAUCUAUACGGACCUACGGAGACGGCCAUUUGGUCAACUCAAAUGAAGCUAGAUUACCAUCUCAGCAACUCAUACCCACACGGUAUUCCAGUGGGAAUGGCUUGCCCCAACGAAUACAUUUACAUCGUUGAUGAGAAUCUCCAUCCUCAACCUAUUGGAUUCCCAGGUGAAAUAGUCAUAGGCGGCUUGGGGGUCGCCUCGGGAUAUCUCAAUCUCGAUCACGAGACUAGAGAAUCUUUCAUUCCAGACCCCAUAACUCCGGAUAAACUUGUCUAUCGCACCAAGGAUCGAGGGCGAUUGCUUCCAAAUGGGGAAGUUCUGUUGCAUGGACGCUUGAAUCACGACACGGAAAUCAAGUUGCGAGGCGUUCGAAUUGAUCUUCAGGAUGUUGAACAGACUAUCCUGCGGGCUGGAGAAGGGUAUUUACUUGAUGUGGCCGUUUCACGGCGUUCAUUUUCGGACAGCACACAUUCCUUUCUGGUGGCUCAUGUUGUACCCGAUUCCACCAAAAGUCUGGGGAUUCAGGGAGCCUUCUCCUUCGAAUCAUUGCGUACAAUGCUCCCGCUGCCCGCCGUGAUGUGCCCGUCUAUCAUAAUUCCUGUUGACACUUUGCCCCGGACAGUGUCUGCGAAGCUGGACCGCAGAGCUUUAAACACUCUCGCUAUUCCAUCUCAUCUAUUCAAUACGAAGCGAGACAGCAACCUGUCUAAGAGACUUCAGGAAAUGAAAUCCCUCUGGCAGGAGGUUAUUCCUGAUGAUAUCAUGCUCUGUCAUGAAGUUCAUUCUGAGACCGAUUUCUUCCACGUGGGUGGAAAUUCAAUGCUCCUGAUAGAUUUACACACGCGCAUCUGUGAGAAAUAUCAAGCAUCUCUCACCCUUUUCCAGCUCUUUCAACUCAGCACUUUGCAAGGCAUGAUGGACCUUGUAAAUGGUUCCGGUAUAGCUGAUAAAGAUCAUACGAGGCCUGACAUAAACUGGAAUGAGGAGAUUGCUCUCUCUUCCAGUCUCGCGGUUAACAUCUCGUCGGCCUCCCUUCCAGUGAGAUCGCCUCCCCAAACUGUUGUCCUUACAGGGGCGACCGGAUUUCUUGGCCAACAUCUCUUGGACUCUCUUGUCACAAUUCCUCACAUAAAGAAGAUUAUCUGCCUCGCCGUUCGGAAUCUUGAGAGUCCUCGCAGUGCUCUUUUACGCUCAUACAAAAAUGUUGAAGUGAUCGAAGGAAACCUAUCCCAUCCUAACCUUGGUAUCCAUGAAACUCUCAUCAACGAUAUUAUCAACCAAGCAGAUGCAGUGAUUCAUAAUGGAGCAGAUAUUUCUCAGGCUAAAUCCUACCGAAGUCUUCGUCCAGCUAACUUCACUUCCACGAAGACCAUUGUCAAUCUCUGCUCUUCCAGAAACAUCCCUGUUCAUUAUAUCUCCACUACAGCAAUAUCUGUUUUGUCAACGCUGGACGCUUUCCCCGAAAGCCAGGCGCAGACUUCAAUGCCUCCGGUCGAUGGAUCACUCGGGUAUAUUGCUUCAAAAUGGGCUAGCGAGAUGUAUCUUGAUCGAGUAUGCAAGCAGCUCCCGCGCAUGUCAAUUUCGAUCUACCGUCCGUCGAGCAUCAUUCGCCGCCACAGUCUUGAGCAAUCUUCCUCCGACUUCUCGCAUGACAUCAUAGAUUAUUCGCGCCACAUGCGAGCAGUCCCAGAUUUGCGUAAUAUGAAUGGUUAUCUGAACUUUGUGCCUGUCGAGACAGUUGUGGAUGCCAUCGUCCAAGGUCUACUCACUUCCCGAUCAGACUGCACGCCCGGGCCAUGUUAUCGAAAUCUGAUCGGGAAUUUGGAGUUACCAUUCAAUCAACUUCGAGAACGUCUUUCUUCUGAGAUCGGUGAUGACUUUGAUAUCCUUCCUCUGGUAACCUGGACUUCACGGGCAAGACAAAUCGGCAUGCCGAGCGGCAUGGCUGCUGUCUUCGAGGGACUGGGACAGUCUACAACCCUCCACUUUCCACGUCUGGAAACAGGUGAAACAGCCAAGCAUCUCCCUGAUGAUGGUUCCUCACUUUUGCAAUGA